UGAGGGAGGGAGAUUUUGUUUGUUUAUUUAAUUUUUAUAUGAUUUCUUUCUGAUUAAGUCACUUCAAAAAGGAUGAGCGGUUGAUUAUUACUGCAUUUAUAAUUGAAAUGCAGACAUCAACUAAAGUAGCUAUCUAUAGUUAGCUACCAUCGGCCUGAUAGUAUAGUGCGUAAUAGUGUAGCAGCAGAGCAGCAAUAUUUCAAUUUUCAAAUUCUAAAUUUCGAUCUGAAAUGGAGGUAAGUGGUGGUUUAGUUGCGGGAUCUCACAACCUGAAUAAACUUGUGGUCAUCUGCGGUGAUCGUGAUCGUGAACGUCAUGAUGGGGAAUCAUCUUCUCUAAAUGCCAAAGUGUUGAAGGGGCAGAUUUGCCAGAUUUGUGAAGACGAUGUAGGCCUAACUGCAGACGGGGAGCUGUUCGUCGCCUGUAACGAGUGUGCCUUUCCCAUAUGCCCAACUUGCUAUGAAUACGAGCGCAGUGAGGGUACCCAACUCUGUCCUAAGUGCAAGACCCGCUUCAAAAGGCUUAAGGGGUGUGCCAGGGUCCAAGGUGAUGAAGAAGAAGAUGGCAUCGAUGACCUCGAGUACGAAUUCACUUUUGAUGCAAGGAGCAGACAAGAUAUGCAACAUGCGCUUUCUGCAGACGGCCACAUGAGCUAUGGUUGCGCUUCUGACUCUGGUUUCUCUCAUCCCAUGUCCCAACUUCCACUCCUUACUAACAGUCAAAUGGUACUCACAAAUUCAAUUGAAUUCGCUCAAUUGUGUAAAAUUGCUGAUCAUGAUAUCCCUCUUGAACAACAUGCUUUGAUCCCUUCUUUCAUGGGAACUGCUGCUGGAGGAAAAAGGAACCACCCCAUUCUUUCCUCAGACCAUGUCCUUCUAGUACAACCCAGAGCCAUGGAUCCUUCCAAAGACAUGGCUGCUUAUGGCUACGGUAGUGUUGCUUGGAAGGAGAGGAUGGAGAGUUGGAACCAAAAACAAGAGAAAUUACAGAUGAUGAAACAUGAAAAUGGUGCCAAAGAUUGGGACUAUGACGGGAAUGACAAUGGCCCUGAUCUACCACUAAUGGAUGAGGCAAGACAGCCCUUGUCAAGAAAGUUGCCUAUUCCAUCGGGACAAAUCAACCCUUAUCGAAUGAUCAUCAUUAUUCGACUUGUUGCUCUUGGAUUCUUCUUUCAUUAUCGGGUCAUGCAUCCUGUAAAUGAUGCAUAUGCAUUGUGGCUCAUCUCAGUAAUUUGUGAGAUUUGGUUUGCUGUUUCAUGGAUUCUUGAUCAGUUCCCAAAGUGGUUUCCCAUUGAUAGAGAAACUUAUCUGGAUAGAUUAUCCCUAAGGUACGAGAAGGAAGGCCAACCUUCACAACUUUGUCCAGUUGAUAUUUAUGUCAGUACAGUUGAUCCACUGAAGGAGCCUCCUUUGGUGACUGCAAACACUGUACUUUCUAUUCUAGCAGUGGACUACCCUGUUGACAAGGUGUCAUGUUAUGUUUCGGAUGAUGGUGCAUCUAUGUUGACAUUCGAGGCACUGUCAGAAACAUCAGAAUUUGCUAGGAAGUGGGUCCCUUUCUGCAAGAAGUUUAGCAUAGAACCACGGGCACCUGAAUGGUAUUUUGCAGAAAAGAUAGAUUAUCUAAAAGAUAAGGUGCUUCCAUCAUUUGUGAAAGAACGAAGAGCAAUGAAGAGAGAGUAUGAAGAGUUCAAAGUUCGAAUAAAUGCAUUGGUUGUUAAAGCUCAGAAGGUUCCAGAAGAAGGAUGGACAAUGCAGGAUGGAACUCCAUGGCCUGGAAAUAAUGUUCGUGAUCAUCCUGGGAUGAUUCAGGUUUUUCUUGGCCAAAGUGGAAGACAUGAGACAGAUAAGAAAGAAUUACCACGCCUGGUAUAUGUUUCUAGAGAAAAAAGACAUGGGUUUAAUCACCACAAAAAGGCUGGAGCAAUGAAUGCUUUGGUAAGAGUCUCUGCUGUUCUAACAAAUGCACCUUACUUGCUGAACUUGGAUUGUGAUCACUACAUCAAUAAUAGUAAGGCUCUUAGAGAAUCAAUGUGUUUCAUGAUGGAUCCGUUGCUAGGAAAGAGAGUGUGCUAUGUCCAGUUCCCACAAAGAUUCGAUGGUAUUGAUAGGCAUGACAGAUAUGCCAACAGAAACAGAGUGUUCUUUGAUAUUAACAUGAAAGGUUUGGAUGGGAUCCAAGGGCCUAUCUAUGUUGGGACUGGAUGUGUCUUCAGAAGGCAGGCUCUCUAUGGUUAUGAUGCUCCAAAAACAAAAAAGCCACCAACUAGGACAUGCAACUGCUUGCCAAAAUGGUGCUGUUGCGGAAACUGUUUUUCUGGAAAAAGGAAGCAGAAGGCCAAUAAACCCAAGACUGAAAAGAAGAAGAGAAAUUCCAGGAAGGAAGAUACAAUAGUUUUGAUAAAUGUCUCUGAUCAGGAGGGUGUCGAAGAGAACAAUAAACGUGUUGAAGUUGAAAACUUGACUCUAAUGUCUGAUGAUGAGCUGAAAAAGAAAUUUGGGCAGUCUCCGGUGUUUGUUGCAUCCACCUUGCUGGAGGAUGGCGGGACUCUGAAAAGCACUAGGCCAGCAUCUCUGCUUAAAGAAGCCAUCCAUGUAAUUAGUUGUGGCUAUGAAGAUAAAACAGAAUGGGGAAAGGAGGUCGGCUGGAUAUACGGUUCAGUUACAGAGGAUAUCCUGAUAGGCUUUAAAAUGCAUUGUCACGGUUGGAGAUCGAUAUACUGUAUCCCUGCAAGGCCGGCAUUUAAGGGAUCAGCCCCCAUUAAUAUUUCCGAUCGUUUGCACCAAGUCCUUCGGUGGGCCCUUGGAUCAAUUGAAAUAUUCUUGAGCAGGCAUUGCCCUCUCUGGUAUGGGUAUGGACGGGGUCUGAAGUGGUUGGAGCGUCUGUCUUACAUAAACGCUACUGUGUACCCAUGGACAUCAAUUCCACUUCUUGCUUAUUGCACUCUACCUGCUGUAUGUCUGCUAACAGGAAAGUUCAUCACUCCAGAGCUCAACAAUGUGGCUAGCUUGUGGUUUCUGUCUCUUUUUAUCUGCAUUUUUACAACGAGCGUAUUGGAAAUGAGAUGGAGUGGAGUUGGCAUCGACGAAUGGUGGAGAAAUGAGCAGUUUUGGGUGAUUGGUGGGGUGUCGGCGCAUUUGUUUGCCGUGUUUCAAGGGAUUCUAAAGGUGCUAGCCGGCGUUGAUACAAACUUUACGGUGACAUCAAAAGCUGGGGACGACGCAGAUUUCUCAGAGCUGUAUGCAUUUAAGUGGACCACAUUGCUCAUCCCACCAACGACGUUGCUUAUUAUAAACUUGAUCGGAGUAGUUGCCGGAGUGUCGAAUGCAAUAAACAACGGUUAUGAGUCAUGGGGGCCACUGUUAGGUAAGCUCUUGUUUGCGUUCUGGGUGAUCAUUCACCUCUAUCCUUUCCUCAAGGGUCUGCUUGGUAGGCAGAACAGGACUCCUACAAUCAUUAUAGUGUGGUCAAUAAUGCUGGCUUCCAUCUUUUCGCUUUUAUGGGUUCGGGUUAAUCCGUUCUUGGCCAAGUCAGAUGACCCAACCCUGGAGGAAUGCGGAUUAGACUGCAAUUAACAGCACACACCCAGGUCCCAGUCCAAUCCAAUCCAAUCCUUGUGUACCGGCCAAGUCCACAGUGACUAUUUUUUUGGUAAAUUGAUAAUGAACCAUACAAAUUAUAAAUGGAUGAAACACACCUCGUUUGUGUAUUAUUGUUCUCA